AUGACGAACCAUUCACAGAGCGACGUGGACUCUUCUGAAUCAAAUUCACCCUCCGUUACUGGACUGACUGCUGAAUAUCUUCCACUGAUAGCCAAAACAGACAAACCACUUCUAAUUACUCUAUACGAGUUAAUAACCUGGACCGGAUUCACAUUAUUCGAGAUAUGGUUGCAUGUAACUGCUUUUUACUUAACCACACUUUUAUUCACUUUGAAAGCGUAUAAUUUCUUAACGAUAACCUAUUGGCAUAUAUUCUAUCCUUUGUUCAUCGCUUGUAUAUCAGAUUGCUAUUAUUUAUUCAUUGUCUUUGUACGAGCUCUGUUAGAAUACAAGGAUUGCAGAGGUCCUUUGUUUAGAUUCGGAUUCAAUUUCACGCGCUUGGCUCUAAUAGCAGCUUUCGAAUUCAUACUUUGUUACAAGAUUGAAGGAGACUUAGAACAAGGACAAGUGGCAGUUCGGUCUUCAUAUGGUUUGAUAUUUCUACCGGUCUGGGUUUUACUAGCAGGAUUGUGCUCUCAAACUUGCCGUCUCUUUUGA